AUGAAGCAGAAGCAGCAGCUUGAGGAGGAAGAAGAGCGAGGAGACAUGGGAGAGCGUAAGGUGCUGAACAAGUAUUAUCCGCCGGACUUCGAUCCUGCGAAGCUUCCCCGGCUCAGGCGACCGAAGAACCAGCAGAUCAAGGUUCGUAUGAUGCUUCCGAUGAGUGUCCGAUGCGGUACCUGCGGGAAUUAUAUCUACAAGGGAACCAAGUUCAAUUCCCGUAAAGAAGAUGUUAUCGGAGAGACGUAUCUCGGGAUUCAAAUCUUCAGAUUCUACUUCAAGUGCACCAAGUGCUCUGCAGAGCUGACAAUGAAGACGGAUCCACAGAAUUCUGAUUACAUUGUGGAAUCUGGAGCAAGUCGUAAUUAUGAGCCCUGGCGUGCAGAAGACGAGGUGGUUGAUAAGGAUAAACAGAAAAGAGAUGCUGAAGAGAUGGGGGACGCGAUGAAGUCCUUGGAGAACAGAACUUUGGAUUCGAAAAGAGAGAUGGACAUUAUAGCUGCGCUUGAUGAGAUGAAAUCAAUGAAGUCUAGACACGCUACUGUGAGCGUAGAUGCAAUGUUGGAGGCCUUGCAAAGAACAGGCGCUGAGAAGGUAAAAAGAAUAGAAGAAGAAGACGAAGCAGUUAUAAAGUCCAUAUUUGGUAAGCAGAAAGAGAAAGAAAUUGUUAGGAGAAUCGCAGAUGAAGAAUUUGAUGAUGAUGAUGAUGAUGAUGAUAGCGAUGGUUCUCCGAGCCUUCAAAAGGAGAAGAAUGGAUCAUCUUCAGAUCUUUCAAAGAAGAGAAAGGCAUCAGAAGAAAGUCCAAGCAACCCCACAGAUGUUUUGACUAGUUCUUCUGCAGAAGAUCCGAAAGAGUCCAAGAAACGAGCUACCAAACAACCCUUCAAAGGCGUUCAGAUAAGAGUCAUCAAGAAGCAACCUCAACCAACUUCUUCGACGAUUCCAGCUCCUGCAAAACCAGAGGAUAAGAAGGAUGGUGUGGCGGCGAACAAUGGAUUAGCGUCUUUAUUCCAGAACUAUGGCAGCGAUGAAGACGAGGAUUGA